UGUGUGGUGACCUAGAGCUAUCAUGAAAGAAAGAGCUGUUUUGCCAAGCUGGGGCAAACUACGUUAAAAGCCACUAAGCCACCUCCAUCAUGGUUUUCCUCUGAAGAUCUUCAGGGAAAAUGGGGCUGGGCCACUCCAAGGCUCACCCGCGGGUGAUCAAAGUCAUGCCUUUACAAAAUCAAGAAACAGAGACUCCCUGCCCUGUGCGCGUUACACUGACUCAGCCGAACCUGGAAGGAAAGAGUUCAUAUUCGUUGACAAGACUACAGGACCAGAACCAAGCUCUGGCGGGGCAGCUGCCACCUCUGCGAGAAUCCUGGUAUAGAAGACAUCCUGCAGUAUCCAGGGCCAUGUAUUUUGAUAUCCCACUGGAACCAGGAGAAACAAGUAUUAUCAAAAGACAUCCACCCCGAAGAAUUCAAAAGCUUGAACCCAUUGAUCUGCCACAAAUAACUACCCCUGAAGGGCUCCUGAGCCAGCAAGAAGCCAAGCUAAGGCACAAAGCACAGCAGGAACCGGGAAAGAAUAUGCAAGUUCCGAUGUACACUUCUGGGAAAAGACAAUAUUUACAUAAGAUGCAAAUGCUGGAAAUGAACCAUAAAAGACAAGAGGCCCAAAUGGAGUUGAAGAAAAGUCUUCACAAGGAAGCAAGAAUUAAUAAGCAAAAAUUGAAAGAUCAUAGAGGCAAGAAAAUCCUUCAAAGCCUGCCAAGAAAGAAGGACUGCGACGUUCUGACCAUACUGCCCGAUGAAACCGUGAACAGAAGCCUGGGAAAUUCACAGAAUGAAGAAUUUUUGGAAUAUCAAACAGCGAAUGAUUAUUGCUCCAGGAAAAUAGGCAAAAUGGAAACAUGGCUCCGUGAGCAAGAGGCUCGAGGACAGCUUCUAUGGGACAGUUUCAGCUCUGACUCUGAUGAGCCUGGAAAAGACGAAACAAGACCACGAGCACUGCAGGGUAGUGAAAUUUUCUUCAAGCCAGCCCAAGAUCCCAAACAUCCCACAAGGAAGAAAUUGAAGCUACCAGUCUUUAGAUAUCGAACCCACACGACACUACUUCUACCACAUCCUGUUGGUGAAAGCCAUCGGCCAGAUGCUAGCUAGUGAAAAGAGUCCACAGAGUGGCAUGGACCCCCACAAAGUUUCCAUCUUUGAGACUUGUCACAACACCACACUUUAAAAACAAAAAACCAACUUUUUAUUGACAACCUCCAUACAUCAACAAGAUGUGCCUCACUUGUAAUCCCCAGCGACCACCCUCUUCUAAUGCCCUGCAUCCUCUAUAUUCCCUUCUCUGCAUACCUGCUUCUUCCCAACUAACUCCUCUUCUAGUUUGAGGCCAUUGUUUCUUCUUCAUGUUAUGCAGUUCUUAUGCAAGUAACAACAGCCACUAUGAGGUCAUAAAUGCAGCAACCACUUUGUGUCUGGCAUGCAGUGCUCCAAACACUCCUCCCAUGUUUUGACUUUCACAUUCUUUCAGCUACCUCUUCCACUAUAAUCCCAAACCAUGGAGGGUAUAAUAGAGAUGUCUCAUUUAGUGUGGUACAUUUAUCUGUCACUUCUGCUCAGCCCUUUGGUGAGUUUCAAGUCUCCCCAGUAGUCACUGCCAUCUAGAAAGAGAAGUUUCAGGCUGAAG